UACAUUGUUUAUUAAAAAAAACCUCUUCUAAACUACAUUAGCUAUCCCAGCAUAUGUUGAAUCUCCUCUCCAAAACCAAGGUGUUCGCCACCGCACUAAGCCCCGGAGAAGCAGAGAUUGGAGUAUAGCCACCGCUCUCCUGGCUUACUCCGCCUCCUUCUCCUCCCUCAAACGCCCCCAUGAGCUGUAACCCUGCCACCUUCCUUCUGGUCUCUUUACCACCACCCAGCUGUGUGCUUUUCCCAAAACCCCCUUCUGCAUUCCCUGGGUUAAGGAAACCCCUUUUGGCCGCAAACGUGAGGAGAAAACGGUGUUUUACAAUCAGAGCUUCAAAGGGUCAAUCGGUGGAUUGGUCCCAGUGGCUCCCCACCGGCUCUUUUGCUGCUGACAAAGUUUUCAGAUUGAUAGCCGGUGCCACCGCUAGCCCCAUUGGCCAGUUUGUAUCUUCCCCCACCACGUUUCUUCACUCUAUCGACCCUCGAGUCAAAUUGGUAUGGCUUUUAGUUCUGGUUGUUCUACCGUCAAGGUCACAUAUAAUUAUGCGAUUUGGAUUAGUUAUAUACUUGACUUUGCUUUCAAUUUGGGUUCUACCAAGAAGUACUUGGACGGAUCAACUAGGACGAGUUUAUUUGCUAUCAGGAUUGCUAUUCAUAACCUCAGGGCUAGGUGCAGAUGGUGCACCUGCACUUGUUCAGUUGAGAACUCCACCACCUGCAGUGACGGGGCUUCCUAAUCUUCCUGUAUCAUUAACAGGUUAUUCAUAUUUAAUCUCGAAGUUAGGUCCAUUAACCUUUACAAGGAAAGGUUUAUCUGUAGCAAGUACUGUUGCAUGUUUGACUUUUACAGUAUUUCAAAGUGCUAGUCUCUGCCUUACAACUACUACCCCUGAACAACUAGCCUUUGCAUUACGAUGGUUUAUGCUCCCUCUGAGAUAUCUGGGUGUCUCUGUGUCAGAAAUUGUGCUUUCCCUUUUACUUUCGUUGAGGUUCAUCAGUCUAGUUUUUGACGAGGUGCGUAACCUUGCUAUGGGAAUCGUAUCUCGCAGGGUAAAUUGGAAACAAUUGACUGUUAUGGAGACAAUUGAUAUUUUCUUCAACUACUUUCGGCGCAUCUUCAAAAAUAUUUUCAGCCAUGCAGAGCAAAUUUCUCAGGCUAUGAUAGUCAGAGGUUUUAAAGGGGACGUUGGCUCUCAAAAAAUUUAUUUCUUGUCAGAACCUUCUUUUGGGAUGGCAGAUAUUAUAUGCUUAUUGUGCUUGAAAAUUGUCAUAGGAGCUGCUCUCUUGUCUGAGUAUUACUUUGUCUAAUAAGAAAUGUCAAUCUUGAAUCAGUGAGAGCUUUUUACAUUAACAUGUUUACGUUUGUUAAUAUAUAUUAUUUUCAUACUUUUUGUCA